AUAUCGUCCUAAUGGUAAAGCUACACCAGGUAUAGAGGGCCACACUGAAGGCACCCAGUUUGGUAAACUAAUAGAAGAGCUGCUAGAGUCUAGAGCAAGAGCCUUCAAGCCAACACCAUAUGCUGCUAUCAAUGGUCAUCUGGCUACUGCUAUACCUUAUCUUACUUAUCAUUAUAAGAAGCCUAAUCUCAAGAGGAGAUGGAUGUACACUAUCGAUGGACAAUCUGUGGCAUUAGAUUGGUGUCUUCCUCCUCCUACAGGCAAUGUAAAGGGUAUAGUCAUUGUUUUAGCUGGUAUUAAUGGUAGCUCUACGGAGAGUUAUGUAUGUGAUCUCAUAGAGAAGGCCACCUCCCAAGG